AUGAAGGGAUCAGAUAUGGAGUCGAAGUUGAUGGUAGCUCAGCUGGAUCAGAGGUCUAACAGCUUUUUCAAGCCUUUGCUCGGGAAAAAGGACUUGCGGAAAUCCUUUGCCGGCUGGGGAAGAGCUGCAAGGAAAACAAACACUAUGCAGCAACAGCCACCACCACAAUCGCCACCACCACCGGUACCUCCACUUGUUGUACAAGAUUUUCAAGCUAAGGACCGAGCCAUUACACUCACAAGGGAGUUUAAAAAGAUGAAACCGCCAUUGUUUAAUGGAGGAAUAGAACCAAUGAAAGCUGAGGCAUGGGUGUUGGGAAUAGAAAAGUUGUUCGAAGUUUUCCCUUGUACUGAAGCCCAAAAGGUGCAACUUGCUGCCUUCACUCUCGAAGAUGAGGCACAGAGGUGGUGGAUGCUCCCGGGAGUAACAUGGGACAGAUUCUUGGAGCUGUUUUAUGAUAAGUACUUUCCUCAAAGUAUACGAGAUAAGAAGGUGACAGAAUUUGAAACUCUCAGACAAGGGAACAAGACUAUAGCAGAGUAUGAAGCUCAAUUUGCGGAAUUGGCUCGGUUUGCACCUCAUAUGUUACCUACCUAUGUCGAUGUGUUAGAAAGGGCUGUGAUAGCAGAGGGAAACCUUGCUGCUCAGAGUCAGAUUUCUGAAUGGAAGGGAAAGAGGCAGAAUAAUCAAUUAUCAAGGGGGUCAUCUGCUCCACCUAACAAGAAACAGAAUUCAGGGACUUCAAAUACUUCUACCCCUAGUCAGGAUUCAAUUCCUAUUUGUUCAGAAUGUGAAAAGAAGCAUCGUGGAACGUGCUAUCGGAAGUCUGGAGCUUGUUUUAGGUAUGGCAAAACGGGUCAUUUGAUAAGGGAUUGCCCUCAGAGGAACCAACAAAAUGGCAAUAGGGCUGCUACCAGUUCAGCGGGGUCUACACCAGCUCCCAAUACUAAGCCAACUGCCAAAUCUACUAACAACAAAGACACUGCAAGACAAGGCAGGGUGUUUGCAUUGGUCCUGGGAGAUGUGCAAAAUGCGGCAACGGUGGUGUCAGGUACAUUUAUUGUUUAUGGUCAUUCUGCUCAUGUGCUAUUUGAUUCUGGCUCUACCCAUUCCUUUGUGUCAAAAUUAUUUGCGCCAAAUUUAGAUAAAUCUGAGAAAAAAUUGUCUUAUAUAUUAUGUGUGUCUUCACCUUUGGGAGACCCUAUGAUCUGUACUUCUGUAUACUUUGCUUGUGAACUCCUACUGGGAGACGUCCGGGUAUUUGCCAAUCUGUUACCCCUCAACAUGACUUAUUUCGAUAUUGUGCUGGGAAUGGAUUGGUUGAGUGAACAUGGUGCAACUAUAGACUCAAAGGCUUGUAAACUCAUUCGGAAAGGGUGCCAAGGGUAUUUAUGUAGUAUUUUGGAAGGGCAGGUGAUGGGCGGAAGUACCGACAUGAUUCCAGUUGUCUGUGAAUUUCCAGAUGUUUUUCCGGAAGAAUUACCAGGGGAGUUAGUGAACCGUGAAAUUGAAUUUACCAUUGAAGUGAUACCGGGAACCUAA